AUGGCGUUCUCGACAGGCGGCUCUUCAAAUGACCGACCGAGUCGUGCCGUAAAGAUUCCCCACCGUGACAGCAUGCAGGACUAUUCGUCCACCCCUGUCCGCCAAAGAAGGAGCGGAAGACACAACGUACAUGAUAACCUGUCUGAUCGAUCAGAUAACGGAGCUUCAUCGUUGUCCUCUGAGAGCUCAUCUUCAGCUUCAAGCCUAUUCCCUUCAACGAUGCUUACACGCCUAAAACCCAAUUCUUCCACUCGAAAGCGACAUGAAGACAGACAGGCAGAGCAUCAUUUGCCUGGCUUCUCAACAACGUCAUUAUCCUCUUCAGAAGACAGUUACGAUACGCCGGUGGGCUCGUCAAAACAGAAAGCCAAAGUCAUCGAUGCAUCGGAGCUGCCCAACACGAUGCCCUCCUUAAUCUCAGCACGCAGCAGUCCUCUAGGCCCGUCAAUGCUCUCUAGCCCUACCUAUAAGUCGAUCAAUCUCAAUGGCCCCGAUCCAGACGAACCUCCGCGCCUUAUCACCUUCACCAAAGCGGGUCAAGGUUUUAAUUGGAAUGAAGAGCUAUUUCUACCAAGUUAUAUGAUCAGCCGCUAUUCACGCAGUCGUCGGAAACAGUACGACGUCGCCGAUGCGACUCGAGCCAAACUGUUCUCCAGGGCGAAGAUUAUGGAUCUGACAUCGGAUCUCAAGCCGUUCCAGGACCGAGUUACAUCUUCAUUACUUGACGUGACCAGGACAGCAGGCCAAAUCUCCGCAGAAGAUCUAAGCUUCCACCGAUCGUCUAACAGAUCUCUUUCCAGAAGCCUAGAUGCCCAGAACAUUCGUUUGUUGCAACUAACCCAAAGGCUUCUCACGGCAGCCACAACUACAGGCUCGAGCGUCACUCCGCCCAAAGUACAGGAUGUUGAAGCAGUGGAGGACAAUUGGCGCAGCUUAGUGGAUGUCGUUGAUGAUCUCUUGGAGCGUGCAGACGCCUGUCUCGAUGAGUAUACUGGUGUUAUCAAGCGGCUCAGUCCAGCAGCUCAAGAUGGUGCAAUGAUACCUACCACUGUAAAUGACGGCAGGUCCAAGAGAAAAUCAUCUACUUUCGCAGCGCGACAGCUUCCCAAGCCUCAAUUGUUGUUCGAGAAUAGCCACACAAAUCAUGAAGUAGCACCGUUCAAGCCGUUGCUUCGAACAAAGCCGCAUUCUGUUGUUGAUCUGGACAAGAGCAUUGGUGAAGGAGGAGACGAUGGAUACAAUCACCCUUACGCUGUCGAGAUCGAACAGGCUUCGUACCCCGAAAGAGUCUAUCAAAAAGCCGAGCCGUUAUCGUAUAAGUCGCCGGCUAAUCAUGACGCAACCUUCGUUGAUACAAAGGAAGGUAUCGAAGAGAUGUUGGCUGAGUUGCGCGAGGCCUCAGAAAUUGCGGUAGAUCUGGAGCACCAUGACACGCAUUCAUACGUUGGAAUUGUUUGCUUAAUGCAGAUCAGUACCAGAGAGAAAGAUUGGAUUAUUGACACCCUAGUGCCGUGGAGAGAAGACCUGCAGAUAUUGAACGAGGUUUUCGCAGACCCAAAAAUUCUCAAAGUCUUCCAAGGCUCAACAAUGGACAUGAUCUGGUUGCAGCGUGACCUUGGACUUUAUGUUGUAGGAUUGUUCGACACAUUUCAUGCUUCCACAGCGCUCGGUUUCCCGCAGAAGAGCUUGAAAUACCUUCUAGAACGGUUUUGCGACUAUCAUGCCAACAAAAAGCUGCAAAUGGCCGACUGGAGGAUACGACCAAUACCAGACGAGAUGCUGGAAUACGCGCGCUCGGACACUCAUUAUCUGCUCUUUAUCUAUGAUAGCCUACGCAACCUGCUCCUAGAAGCAUCGUCACCAGACAACAAUCUUAUUGAUUAUGUUUUACAGGAGUCGAAGAAAGAGGCACUGCAGCGAUAUGACAGAACAGCCUACGAUGUUGAAAAGGGGCUGGGUCCUGUUGGCUGGUUCGCACCACUAGCCCGAAGAUCAAUACGCUUCACGCCUGAACAAUUUGCUGUCUAUCGAGCCGUUCAUGAGUGGAGAGACCGUACCGCUCGCGCGUUGGACGAAUCACCAAUGUUUAUCAUGAGUCAGGGAACCCUGUUCGCGGUUGCAGAGGCCAUGCCCACAACGGUACCUGCACUUAUCUCUGCCACCAACCCCGUUUCGAGAGCCACCCAUACUGCUUCUCGUGAGCUAGUUGAGAUCAUCAAGAGAAGUAAAGAAGUCGGACGCGACGGACCCACCUUGGCCGAUGUGAUGCGCGAGAACGAGGCUUUCUUGCCCCGUCGACGAAAUCCCGGAAAAACAACAGAACGCGCCUCACAAGAUCAAGGGGUCGGUGCCACGUUGCAAAGGUUGAACGAAAAUGGUGACAUUGAUAGCAGUGCUGAUAGGUCCUUCACGUCUCGCUUUUGGGGAACGGUGGGGAAAUCAUUAGUGACGACGGCAAGUCGAUGUGUUGCACCACUGAAUGAUGCUUGGCGAAUGGUUCUCCCUCUUCCAGCCCUGAAUGACGAUUCAUUCACGGUUCCCGCUCAAGCUAUAUCUGUGGAUGAAGCGGUCGGGGUUUCUACAAGUCCAUCUCCUCACCUUGACCGCUCUGGUGAGAAAGUCAGAGCUGAUGACGUGUUCAUCCUAAAGGAGUUGGAUAAGGCCAGUAAGAGGAAAGCCACGGAGGCAGGCCUGGAUAAUGAUGUCGUUCCUUCUUUGAAAAUAACAGGUGAGUUGGAUGCUAACACGGAUUACUCCCCUAUCGGCAACUACCAGAAGGGUGCUUCGGAGGCCAGGGCAGAAGCCAAAGUACGGUCAAGAGAAGAAAAGAGACGAAAAAAGGCGCUCGGGAAGGAGGAGGAGGCGAUUGGUGAUGUUCUCACUGAGCCAUUUGAUUAUGCCAAUGCAGGCUCAAUACUGUCCGCUCAGUCAGACAGACAGCAGCGGAAUGGGUCAGCUGCAAUUCGACGAGAGUUCAAUCCGUACGCUAAAGCGCUAGAUGGCCCACAAGGCCUCAAAAGGGCACGAAAGGAGACUGCUGGGAGAAGCUUCACAUUCAAGAAGUGA